CUCAAGAAGCUUCACAUAAUUCUUGAAAGAGAUUGAGAAAGAGAAAAGAAAAGAACAAGGAGCUUUUAAUACUCACAAGCAUGUUCCAAUCAGUGAAAAGCAACCAAGUGUCAAAUUCUUAGAGCACAACUCAAUGCAUAAAUCCAUCUACUUUUUCAUACUCUUUAACAGGCUUUUCAAUGGCUCAUCUUCAUUUUUGGAUCACUGUUAUCUUCUUGUUUGCAGUUACUCAGUGUUCUAAUGCAAGAAGGCAUUUCAUGGAUGUAAAUAGUGAUGUUAAGGAUGAAAGCAAUGAUCUUUCUUGUGUUUUCAAUGUGAGAUCAUUUGGAGCAGUUGGAGAUGGUUACACUGAUGACACUAGAGCAUUUCAUUCAGCUUGGAAGGCUGCUUGUUCAGUAGAAUCUGGCACUCUUCUUGUGCCGUCUGACGGUGUUUUUACGAUCACUUCGACGAUAUUCUCCGGCCCAUGCAAGCCUGAAACUGUGUUUCAAGUUGAUGGAGUUCUCAUGCCACCGGAUGGUCCUGAAUGCUGGCCGGAGACCGAUAGCAAACAGCAAUGGCUUGUGUUUUAUAAGCUCAAUGGCAUGACACUCACCGGCAAAGGAACAAUCGAAGGGAACGGCGAGAAGUGGUGGAAUCUCCCUUGCAAGCCUCACAGAGGACCAAAUGGAAGUACAUUGCCAGGACCUUGUGAUAGUCCUGCAUUGAUCAGGUUCUUCAUGAGCUAUAAUCUCAGAGUUAGAGAUCUUCGUAUCGAGAACAGUCCUCAGUUCCACUUCAAGUUUGAUGGUUGUGAAAAUGUGCAGAUUGAAGGCAUCUCCAUAAAUUCCCCUGCACUUAGUCCUAAUACAGAUGGCAUCCAUGUCGAGAACACCAAGUCGGUGUUUAUCUCGAACUCUUUUAUCAGUAAUGGAGAUGACUGCAUCUCAAUUGGACCAGGAUGCUCAAUGGUGGAAAUAGAUAAUGUAACUUGUGGACCUAGUCAUGGAAUCAGCAUUGGCAGCCUUGGUGUGCAUAAUUCUCAAGCCUGUGUCUCGAAUAUAACAGUGCGGAACACGGUGAUACGCAAUUCGGACAAUGGAGUUAGAAUCAAGACAUGGCAAGGAGGAAUUGGCUCGGUAUCGGAAAUAAUCUUUGACAAUAUUUUCAUGGAGAAUGUCAGGAACUGCAUCAUUGUAGACCAGUACUACUGUCUGACUAAGGACUGCAUGAAUCAAUCCACAGCUGUCUAUGUAUCGAAUGUAUUGUACUCAAACAUUAAAGGCACGUAUGAUGUCAGAAGCCCACCGAUACAUUUCGCUUGCAGUGAUUCGAUUCCUUGUACUAACAUAACAAUGGCCGAGGUGGAACUGCUUCCUCAUGAGGGGGAGCUUGUCGAUGAUCCUUUCUGUUGGAAUGCGUAUGGAGUUCAAGAAACUCUUAUAAUACCACCAAUCUCUUGUUUGCAGGAUGGAGCGCCGGAAGCUCUGCAAGACAGCAUAAACUUUGGCUGCUAAAGAUUUGUUUGCACAUUAGUCACAGUUUAUUCAUUAUAUUUAUAGAUGUAUAGAAUAUUUCAAGUACAAGAAGUAUAUGGUCUUUCAGAUUAAUGUUCAUGUUAAUGAACCUUCAAAGCUGUAUUGAAAUAUUUGAAGGUUCAGAAGCAAUCAUCAUUUAUCAGAAAAGAUACACAAAUCAUGAUAAAUAUGUAUCUCUUUGUAUUGCUGUUGACACUAAUCAGAGUAUAUCUGC